ACAGAAGCUAAGCUAGUCUAGCACAGUGGCUAGCUAAGGGGACAGGAUGAUAAGUCACAACAAACUUUACUUUGCUAUCUUAAUAAUAAGGUGCCAGAUGUGGGAUUACAAGAGAUCCGGUGACAUUCAUUCGUCUUCAAUCGAAACAUGAAUGGACUAUUUGGGGUCUUUAAAUCACUGUUUAUCUGGGUACUACUGAUUUGCUGGUUAAAUCCAGACACCGUGGUAUUAGUGCAUGCAUCCCAAGUGACAGCAACCAGAAUACACUUUAUUGACACUACAACACUGUAAAUAAUGUGCACAGUCUCCUCGAGAACGAUCACAACCUUUUUCAGUAGUAAGCUAUCCUGAUUAUUAUGUAGUUGCUUCACCUAGCUACAGCUUAUUUUGUUUAGCCUACAGUUGUUGAUACAACUAAUAGAAACAUAUGCAGCACCACAAACUGCAGCCUCUAAAAUGACUAUCAAGUUAAAUCAACACUUCCCAGGUUCAACAAAAACUGAACAUUGUAACCUUCUUGAAGUAUUGAGCAAAUGCUGGCUGUGAGUCCCGGAAAGACGCCCAUCAGUCUGCUGCAGGAGUAUGGAACGCGGAUAGGCAAGACCCCAGUGUAUGACCUGCUGAAGGCCGAGGGACAGGCCCACCAGCCCAACUUCACGUUCCGCGUCUCCGUCGGAGAGAUCAGCUGCACCGGCCAAGGGCCCAGCAAGAAGGCAGCCAAGCACAAAGCAGCCGAGGCUGCUCUGAAGAUGCUCAAGGAAGGUCUUGGAGGUCCCGUUGGAGUUGGUGUUGGAGUCAAAGGGUUUAUUGGGGUUGACGUUUCUACUGAUGGGAACAGCUCCCAGUCAGAGAUGAAGACCUCGGGAAGUUCUCAGCAGUCCGAAUGCAACCCUGUUGGGGCUCUGCAGGAAUUGGUGGUGCAGAAAGGAUGGCGUUUGCCAGAGUACACAGUCACCCAGGAGUCUGGUCCAGCACACCGCAAGGAGUUCACCAUGACCUGCCGAGUGGAGAGAUUUGUGGAAAUCGGAAGCGGCACUUCAAAGAAGCUAGCCAAGAGAAACGCAGCAGCUAAGAUGUUAUCGCGUAUACACGAUGUCCCAGUCGACCUGAGGACUAACAACGACGUUGACGUGGAAGAAGACACGUUCAACAUGCACAUGGGGGGCAAAGCUGAGACGGGCAAAAGUAAAGGCUUCAGUUGCACCUGGGACUCACUGCGUAACUCUGCUGGAGAGAAGAUCCUGCAGCUCCGCAGCCGCCCUCUGGGCACGCCCACGGACUCCAACUGCUCUCUGCUGAAUGACCUGUCCGCCGAGCAGCGCUUCGACGUCAGUUACCUGGAUCUGGAGGAGCGCAGUCUGAGUGGCCUGUGCCAGUGUCUAGUGGAGCUGUCCACACAGCCAAUCACAGUGUGCCAUGGCUUUGCUCCGAACAUGGACGCCGCUCGAGCCAAUGCAGCCCACAAUGCACUGCAGUACCUCAAAAUCAUGGCUGGGGGGAAGUGAUGUCAUCUUCCUCCUUGUCGGAGUUCCUCUUCGGACGAUGGAGGCACUUCUUUGGGUUCAAAUAACGCAAAUUACCUCAAAUGUGGAAAGAGACUUUUUCUGUCCCCAAAUUGACCCCCGGAGCCACUUGGAUUUCUUAUUUUUGCCAAUGACGAUUGAGUUGGCCAAAAACUCAUGAACCCCUCUCCUCCUUGGCAUUUUGCAUAUUUGUCACAAAUUAUUUUUAUUUGUUUGCCAGCAACCCCAAUGCGCAGCACUGUAUUUUCCCAAAAAUCUCAAUUCUUUAUUUAAAAUCAUAAAUGCGGACACAUUGUGAUGCAACAAAAGGUCAAAGGAGUUUGUAGCAAUUGGACUAUGGAAUCGACAAUUAUUGGUGCUUCGUUUAAUCCCAGAUCGACGAAGGAUGAACAGAAGAAAAAUGUUCCAGCCAUGUGCGGAAAUGUGGAGAGAAAAGGACUCUGCUGAAAAGAUAUCAGAGGAUAAUUAUUUUAAAGACUGCCCUGUUUAAAGAUUAACUGUAUAUUAAUCUGGACCCUCAACAAUUUGGGAAUUUUGAAAACUCCCCAUAUUAUCUUUGUUUAAAGUGAUGAACUCAUCAGGUUUAUAAUUUUUUAUUUUCUUAAAAUGUUCUAAACAUGUUACUCUUUGGUGUUCCCAAUGUAUAACUAUUCAGAAGGAUAAGUAGACUCUAAUGACUGAACAUUAUUGUUUGAUGAAUUGUGUGCAAUUUUCACCUUUAUUAACUUGUUUGUUAGCGUUGGGCUCGUGUUGUUGGCUUACAGACCAGGAAUAGAGAACGUUACGAUAGUUAAAAAAUACUCCACGACAUUACACAAAAAUGACAAUUUUGAAAUUAUAAUUUUUUUCAAAAACUCUGCUUUUAGCACAGUUUUUGCACAAAGGAUGAAGCUAAAUUAACAAUUAGGGAGAAAGGGGAAGAAAAGAGUCCUGUGAAUCUACAUUGUUCGUUACUUUUUGACAUUAAAUAUCAGAGACCAAACAAAGAACCAACCACAUAUGUCGAGUUAAAUGUUCUUUGUCUCCAUGAUGCCCGGUGUGGUUUCAUUUAUAAUCUAAACCCUUGUGGGGUUUUUUCUGUCAAUGUGUCUAUGAUUCCUGUAAUUUAAUUUGAUGAUGGUAAAUUUCCAGAUUAUUUUCUACAACUACUUGGUGUAAGGAUUAGUUUCCCGCCCACCUUCUACUCUGCCAGAAUAUGUAUUGAAAAUAGACAGUUUGCACUACUUGAAAAGAUAUGUUUGCACAAUGCAGGCUGACCAAGUUUUUGUACGUCUCCCACCGGUGUGGUUGAUGUUGACCUCAUUCUCUGAAAAGGCCGUUCUGUGUCUGGUUUUUCUGAUAAUUUCGAAUCAGGAACUUUUUCUCUUUUAGUUGCUGACACCAUUGACGUCUACGCUGACAUCAAUACAUUUGAGAUGGACUUCUUUGUUGUGGUAAAAGAAGGAACUCAAAUGUGAGCUCUUGAAUUUGUUUCCAAUAAAACAUUUUUGUACAUUUUAAUCCCAACUGUUGUAAUAACUUGAACAUGUUUGACUCGCCAAUUGAAUUGCCAUUUAAAUAAAAAUAUGAUCCACACAGUA